AUGCCUGUCUACGACUCCAAGAAUGAAACCGACGAGGCUGCCGACUAUCCUCAACACUAUCCUACCACUCGCGAUGGUCAUGAAGCCGAUUCAUCUUAUCAGUCAGAGGGGCAAUCAGCGCUUGGAUUUUCGAUGGAAGAAUGGUUAGGUGCCGUGCAAUCGGUACCGACUUGGGGAGAUCCAAACAAUCCCGAAGAAGAUGAGGAGACUCUAACUCGGAUUGAAGAAGAGGAUUUUGAGGACUUCCCAGCUGCAUCUUCUGAGAAAACACUCAGUUCAAAUAGUGCAGACGAUGUCGAAGCAUUCGAUGACGUCAAGGUUGAAAAAACAAUACCGGUGAUUUCAGCUGACACAUUUGAUAGAUCUCUGAACCCACGACAUGACUCGUACAAUGAGGCUAAAAUCGCUUCUUCCUCUACGGUACAGUGGACCCCGAGCGACCGAAGGAUACGACAAUUACAGGUUGGAAUGUAUGAGGGGAAAGUACAACCAUCGAGACAAAUAAGUACGGGGAUGAGAGCGAGCGAGAGGGACAGGGAAGAUAUAGAGCGAAUUGGUAGGGGAGAGGGGAGGGAGAGAGAGGAGAAAAAGAGGGAAGCGCCCACUCUAUCCCUCGUAAUCGCCACCGACACCGAUCCAAUCCAGAAGAUGUUAGAGUCAGCGGUUGCCUCAAAUUUGCACCCAGACAAGGAAGGGGAGACAAGUUCUGAUGACAAAGUUAGCCAGUGGCUCACGGGAGUGGAGUCCGCGAAGAGAGAAGGUGGGCUAUACUUACCGGAGAUACAGCCAGUCAAGUGGCCUGAUGAUGACCCUUCCGCAUCUCAAAUGGAAAGGGCAGAUACUUCCGCUCUUCCUAACUCACCUUCAUCCUCUUCACCUAAUGAUUUCCCUGCAGUAGCCUUCCAGGACAUGCUCCAGGCCUUGGGUCAGAAAUAUGGCAAAGUGCCCCGGACUGAGAACUCCCACUCAGUAGGACCAAAUGGUCACCAAACCAGGAGGACACAGAACCCCAAACAGGCUACCACACGCACCAGGAGUCAUCGAAAGCCUCCUAAAUCUGACGCUCCCUCCGCUCGACCGAUGAUGACAGUUUCAGACCCACAGACCGUCGUUCAAAUGACUAGCUCGACCCCGGCUGAAACAACACUCGAUAUGGACAGCCUAGCGCUGCUAAACCAUCUCAUGAAAGAUGCGUGCGAGACUGACAUAUCUAUUGGGUCUUGGCUUGCACAAUGUGCAGAGUCUAAGCCCUGGAACAAUCCCAACAGCAUCCACCCCAAGCAGCCCGCCCAAGACGAUGAUUCAGUCAAGGGCAUAAGAAUGAGUACAAACCACACCAGACAAGAUGGAGAAAGCACACGGGGGACCACCUCCAAAAGGAACCAAACGGUAGUCUCACCUUCACAAACCACCUUCAAACUCAGUAGAUACGGGCAGCAAAGCCGGGCCCUGGAUAAUCAACAUAAUGAUCAUAGUCAUCCUCCCGGUAAACCCUCCUGGUGGGACACAGCAACACCCAGAGUACGGGGCAGAAAACCUGAGGGGACUUUUUGGCAGGGCUACCAAGCCUGUCGCCCAUCUGCCACAAGGAGUGCUAUUUGGCAGAAUAGAGGAAAAUAUCCUCUGCUACCGCAAGUCAAAGCAGACUCAGAUGAGUGGUUAGAAUUGAGUGAAGGGAAUGAUCCAGAUGUCUAUGUGACAAGUUUGAAGGGGCCGAGUGAUCUGGGCGACCUCGUUGCCACCCACUUCUCGACAGGAGGUGUCACUGAUCCGACGGCUCAAAAGAGAGACAGCAUUGGGGGAAGGGAACCCAGGCCGGGUGAUAUUGUAGUGGGACCUUUUGCAGUCUCCGUUGCCCCAUCAAGGCAGAACCAACAUGAUCCUAGAUUAUACCGGGAGUGGAGUCUCUACAGGGGAGUUGAAGUCGUGGGUGUACUGGUGAGGCCGGCUACGAGACACGAUCUGAUUACUUCUCGCCCUGUUGAUAGUCUCAAUCUUCCAUCGAUUGGUCAAGCGGUUUCGACUACUAAGUUGGCUUCCCCGGAAAUGGAAGAGCUCCCCGGGGAGCCAAGCCUCAGACCUGUGAACUUCUCUGACUGGCCACCGCUAUACACCCCGGACCAAAAGUGA